GCUGAAGUAAUAGUUGGAACCUCUCCCCACGCAAUCUGGGAGCCUCCCCCACCGGUCCCGGGCGUCGCGUUUGUGCGGAAACUAAGUGCGCCCUUUCUGCCGAUCGCUAAUUAGGGCCCGCGUUGCGUGUCGCGUGAAGAAAUGCACGCCGAAUGGUUAUGUUGUGGUGGUUGUAGGAAAAGUUUAAAUUUUCCGGGUAAAUGCUGCGGUGCGUGUGUUCGUUUGCUUCUUUUUAUUCAUUCAUCUUACUGAUGUGCAAAGCCAUGUUAUCCGCGCGGGUUAACAAAAUCAAUGACGACGACGCUUCGUUGGAGCCGCUUAAAAUGCUACCACUAUUGGAUAUUCACCCCACUCAGCCAUAGGACAGAGGAAAAUGAACGAUUAUUUUCAGUGCGUGAGAAAUUUGUUCCAGAAUUGCUUCAACCAGCAGCCACCAGCGGGAUCGUUUGUGCGUGACGGUUCCAUCCUGUCCGCGUCGCGAAUCAAUGACAUUCACAGCCUCUACGACAAAAACAGCACCAGCAGCAGCAGCCGUUACAAUCUGGUGAAAGAUAUCGGAUACAGCUACGAUGCCAUAAGCGCCCGGAACGAUCGGAUUCGCUUUCCGAAGGUGAAAACCCUCGACAUCAUCCCGCAGUCCCGUGACGUCCUCAACGGGGACUGGAUACUGCGCUACUCCGACUCGGAAGCCAACAAUUACCCGUGGAGUGGCGACUCUAGUCCAAGCUUUGAUCUAGUACCCUGGCGAAGAUCGAACCCCAAUCACAACCUGCUGCUCGCGCAGUCCAGCUUCGGCUCGCCCAAACGAUGGACCAACAACAACCGGGAUAAGAAGAUCCUCGAGCGGUUGCACAAAAUCGAAACCAAACGCGUGAAGAAACAUCUCAAGGAGAGCCACAAAUACUCGAAGCGAGUGAAACGCAUCCGCAUUAUGCUGUCGAUCGAGAUGCGACAGAAGAGUUACGAAAUCCUGCCCCCGAAACUGCUUCCCCGGCAGUUUGGCGAGGGCAAAAGCCACGUCACCAGGAUGGCGGUGGUUGCCGUCGAGGAGCAUGAGUUCUGUCACUGGGGCUACUUUAGCCAGCGACGGCACGAAAAUUUCCGGGAGAAAAUUGCCAAAGAAGAAGCCAAAGUGAUAUCCGAGCAACCAGCAGCGAAAAAUUCGAGUCCGGUGGGUGGUGAGACAGCUGCGGCUGCUGAGCAGCUGAGGGAAAUCGAGCAGCAUGUUUUCUGCCCGAAUAUGAACGCGGUGAAAACGCUAAACCCAGCUAAGCCCAUAACGCCAUUCGCCCCUAAGCAGCUCGAAAGUGAUAAGAUGAUAGUACAAAUGUGUAGGAGAUGUAGGCAUAAGAGAGUUACAGUGGGGUGCUCCGGGUACAACGAGUCCAGAUAUCUGUCGCAUCUGGACUCGUCUCAUGCACAGAUGAUGGCCCCGAUGGAACGGCCCGCGGGUGGAGCCCUGGCGCUCCAUUACGCGGCCGCCCGCGGCUGCCUCGACUGCGUGCGGCUGCUGGUGGAAGCGGCGCCCGACAUCAGCGCCAACACCCAGAUGGACAACGACGUUACCCCGGUCUACUUGGCGGCUCAGGAAGGACACCUCGAGGUGCUAAAGUUUCUAGUCCUGGAAGCGGGUGGAUCGCUGUACGUGCGGGCCCGCGACGGCAUGGCACCGAUCCAUGCGGCUUCCCAGAUGGGCUGCCUGGACUGUCUGAAAUGGAUGGUCGAGGAUCAGGGUGUCGAUCCGAAUCUUCGUGAUGGUGAUGGUGCCACCCCGCUUCACUUUGCUGCCUCCCGGGGACAUCUGACGGCCGUCCGGUGGUUGUUGAGCCACGGAGCCAAGCUGUCGCUCGACAAAUACGGCAAGAGCCCGAUCAACGACGCAGCCGAGAACCAACAGGUGGAGUGUCUGAACGCUUUGGUACAACACGGUCACCGCGAACCCGACUACGUCGAAUCCAAACAGCACCAGCAGUCCCAUCGGCACCCGUCGGAUCUGUACGCAUCCCAUCAACAGCUGCAGGCACAACAAGCGGUGACACCACAGCAGCAGAAACGGGCCCCCAAAAAGCACUCCAGCAGUCAUCAUCACUACAACAAAAACAAAUCGGCAUCAAAUCACAACACAAUGAUGUCCAAAUCGUCGUCGGGCAGUUCCGAUUCGGAACCCUUCUAUCUACACCCGCCGACUAUCAGGCAAACCAAGGACGGCUUGUACACCCGACAGUCCCCCGACAGCUUCUACGGAACUGCCCCACCGAACGACGGGCUGUACAUCAACCCGAUGCGACGGGGCUCCUCGACACCUCCCAGCCCCAGCGGAAGCGUCUCGGGUGAAUCCUUCUUCCUGCACGAUCCUCAGGAGGUGAUCUACAACCGGGUCAAGGAUUUGUUCGAUUCGGACCUUGGCAGCACGAAAGACGAGCGAAAUCCAAAUCCCAGAGCGAUGACAGUUCAAGUUGAAGUUCACUCCAGCAGCAGCGGCGCUGCAAGUGGUUCCGACGAGGAUCUCUCGGUAUCGUCGUCCAAUUCCGGGGUGGUGGAGCGUAAGCCACCCGAAAUCAAGCGCACCAACUCGAUCUCGCAACAUCACGACUACGAGGACAUCUAUUUGGUACGGGAAGAGGCACGGUACGGAACGAAGGCACGGAACGGCACCGGCAGGAGCCGAUCGCGGGACAGUGGCUCCCACAGUCGAUCGGCGAGUGCCAGUUCUAGCCGCAGCAACGACAUCCUCAUGCAAUUAACCAAUCAGACCGUAAGCAACAAGGAGCAAAUGCUAAUCAACAAACGAAACAAUCUGUACGAACAGCAGCAGCAGCAACAGCAACAACAGCAAAAUGGCAAACAUCGAGUGUACGAAUCGUCAAAGAACUACAAAACCACAAACCUCGGCAAGGCAGGCGGCAAAUCCGCCAGCCACCAUCAGUCGAGCCGGGAGCUGAGUGUGACCUCCUCGCGGAGCGGUGACAACGCGUACGAAAGCGUCUGCUCGCCGGAGGAUACCCACGAGCGGACGAAGCUGGCCCAGCGCCACUCUCUGCCACAACAUGGGCUGCAUGGCGCUGGCAGCGGCCGCGAUAGUGGCGCCAGCGGUGGCAAGCAGGUGAAACGCAGCGGAUCGGUGAAUACGAAAGAAAGCAAAGUUGUGGGACCCCCACCGCCACCAUUGCCGCCACCGCUGAAGGCUCCAUCGCAGCAGCAGCAACAGCAGCAGCAACAGCAGCAGCAGUCGGCUCAGCACGGCCCCGGCAACCAGACCACCAAGUCCGGCUCGAUGACGAACGGUAACAAUUUCUAUUUGCAUAAGCAUAUGAACGGCGGGGGUGGAGGUAGCGGCGGUGUUUUGCAGCAAACCUCGAUGACCUUCAACGGCAGUUCUAACGGAAGUUCGAUCCAGCAGAAUGCCCAACAUGAUUACUACAACCAGCUGCCCCUGCAGCAGCAACAGCAACAACAGCAGCAACAGCAGUCACUCAACAGCCUGGAAGGACCCGACUCUGAUUCGGGUCUGGAGGUGCUCGAGGAAGCCACCCUCAAACCGUCGGAUUUGAUACGAGGCAAUCACAACCGCAGCAUGUCCAUCAUCUCAGCGAACAAGAAAGCCAAACUCAUCGCGGGGAAUAACAACAACAGCAACGGCAACUCCACCACCACCACCACGAGCAAUACCACGAGUGGCAACAGCAACAACAACAACAACAACAACAGCAGCAGUAACGGAAACGGUGGCACCCUCCUCAGCCCGACCAGUUCGACCAAGGCAGUCGACGAGCAGUUCUACGGCUAUCAGCAGCACUACCAGUCGCGCUCGAACUCCGCUCUCUCGUCGUCCAGUCACGGUCCGAAUCUGGUGAACAAGCAGCUCGUACUCCCGUUCGUACCGCCGGCCUUCCCGAACGGAUCCACCGACAAUUCCAACCAUCUGAUCAAACCGUCCGAGUACCUCAAGAGUAUCAGUGACAAAAAGUCCAACGCCGGCUCCCAGAGAUCAUCCGACACCGAGGACUAUAUGCCAUUGAACGCAACGAUCACGAUACAGUCGGGACCGGAACCACCGAAGCCACCACCACCGCCGCCUCCGCCGAUGCUAAACUUUUUCUCCAACACCAGCACCCUCAACAGCACGCUCGGCGCCAAGAAGGGCAACAGCCAGACCGGAACGACCAAGAGCAACGGCAGCGGGGCCCCACCGCCGCCUCCGCCCCAGGACUCGACCAUCCGGAAGCAGCAGCAGCCGCUGUCGGCCAUCUCCAUCCAGGACCUGAACAGUGUGCAGCUCCGCCGCACGGACAAGAUGCUGUCGAAGACUUUCUCCGCACCCACGCGCAGCGUUAGCAUGCAGUGCCUUUCAUCGACCAACGAGCAGUUCCUCUCGCAGAAGACCGACCUGAUUGCCGAACUGAAACUGUCCAAGGACAUCGCCGGAGUGAAGAAGAUGAAGGUCGAACGGGCCAAGCUGGAAGACAAGCAGGCCACAGAGGUGUACUCCGAGGUAACGAGACAGUUCACCGCCGCAAACUAUGUGGACCAGGUACGGCCUCAAUUAUUGCAGGUACCGGAACGUGACCACGCUGGCAACACCAUCCCAGACUGGAAGCGCCAAAUGCUCGCGAAGAAGGCAGCCGAGAAGGCCAAGAAAGAGUUCGAGGAUCGGUUGGCCAAGGAGGCCGAGGAUCGGCGCCUCUCGGCGAUACCCAAGUGGAAACGGGAUCUGAUGAUGCGCAAGGAGGAAGCCGAAAACAAGCUCAAGUCCUCGAUUUAUACCCCACGAGUGGAGGAACCCCAGCGCCGUGCAACGGACACGUGGCGCUCGCGUAUGUCUACCCGUGCGAUGUCGAUCGACAACAUCAGUUUCACCUCCCAGCAGGAGGACUCCCCCGGUUCCCGCUUCAACAAGGAGAACAAUCACACCAGCAGCAACCAGCUGAACGGCAACGGGAGCACAAACCAAAAUGGUAACAGCAAUGGGCAUCACACCAACGGAAACGGUAACCACAAUGGCACCAGUAACAACAUGAACGGAAGCGGAAGCAACCAUCACAGCACCCGCAGUUCGAUGGAGAACAUCAACAGCAAGAAUGAUUACCAUCAGACCAUCAGCAGCUCGAACCAAAACGGCAACGAUGAGGAUGAUGACAGCGAGCAGAUCAUUCCGUGGCGAGCCCAUCUGCGGAAAACCAACAGCCGUCUCAGUCUGAUUGGUUGAAGGGGAAUUCGGGUGGGAUGGCAACUAGGAGUAGCUUGUUGUAUAGAAACAGUUCACAAUUACAAUUAUAAAUACACAAACGAACAUAUUUUAGCUUAACACAAAAAAUCAAACGGCAUACGCGGCGCAGACAUUUAAUUUUAUCACUCGACGACAUUAUUUAAUUGCAGAAUGAAGUGCUCCGAAGAGGGGCCCAAUUAUAAAGACUACGAAGUGCUAAACAACUUCGUACAAUGUUGUUACGAACAGCCGAAAUUGUAAACAUGGAUCAAAGAUUUCGUUGCAAUAUUACUGUAAGAUUAUUAUUAAUCAUCGGAAGAAAGAGAGACUUUUCGUCUUGGCGAGCGACGAAAGAAUUGCAAGCGCGUAUAUUGAAAUACAAGACUCUUAAAGAUAAAGGUUAUGAUAAUUAAAGACUAGAUUACUGUGAUUACUGUUAUCAUCUUCUUCUCGGAUAUUAAUAACACACACACACACACACACACACACACAUCACGGCGAGAGCAAACUGUGCUGCUCUCUGCUCUCCCCUUAUUUUGUAGUCACCAGUAAUAACAUUAUUUUAUUUACACCGUUAGUGACGGCAUACCCAGUUAUUAUCGCAAAAUAGUAAACUUAUUUUGACCCUACGACUACUAAAUAUCAGUUUACAUUCGCUAAACAUACGACGCUCGAUCUUCGUAAUAUUCAUCAUAUAGGCAGUGUAAUAACGAUGCGAACAUUCCAAUUUUAGAUUACGUUUUUUCGUUGGAUAGUUAUAAUAAAUGUUAAUCGACAAAAAAAAAUUGCGGCUGUGUUCUGGUUCCGGAGCGGAAACAUAUCCGAAUGUCGACUAGGGGAAGGCAGAAGAAAACAAAGAGCAAAGCUCUCGUGAAUCAGUGGAAUCAUUGGAACUUGAAAUAUUUCAAAACAUUGCUUCAUUUCAUGAUUGGUUUCACCCUUAACAGAAGCCGCCCGAAAGCUCGAGAACUCAUUUUGUAGGAGCUUAAGGCGCAAUUCCAUCAAUUCCUGUGGUGAGACAUGACAACUGGUUUCCUACUGUUCUUAUUGCUUUUUCUUCAACCAGGCGCGAGCAACCGGAAUGCUGAAACACGCGAGAUGUCAACUUCACAAAUAAGAAAAGGAUUCUGAAGAUUAUUUUCCACGCACGUAACAUAUGUUCUUUAGGGUGGCAGCGAAAAUGGUCAUGUCAAAUUUCAAAAACCGACCAUGCACAUUUUGUUUAUUGGCCCCAAAAAAUGACCUGUGCAAAGUUUCAGCUCAAUCGGACAUGAUUUAGGGGUGCCUCAAAGCGCUCAGCGUUUGAUUUUUUAUCCUCUAAAAUCUUCCAAGGGGAGAGUAAAGGAAAUUUAGAAAAUCAAGAUUUUUUUUUCGAUGCCAAAUGACCUAAAAAUGCAUGAAACUUCGAGAUCUGGUGUUAUCUCGAAAAAAAAAUGGGUGGGUUAUAUCUAUGAUAU